GUGGUGCUAGCAGCUAGUUCAGUUGAUCUGUCAGCCCGGAGCUAAACACACACACACACACACACACACACUCACUGACACACACCGCUGGGCACUGCUCUCUUCCGGAUUACUCUCCUCUGAUGGGUAACGUCCUGUUUUUCCUCUUUUGCCGCACACGGAGACAUUUCGCCGAGACGGAGCGCGGGUGCUCGCCGAGCUUUAGCAGCGAAGUCGGCGGUUACCCAGAGAAAUCAGCCACGUCUUAAUGUUGUCAAGCCAGCUCUUGCUAUCGUCUGUUAACGUUGGGUCACAGACCCGCCGAGGCUUUCCACGGACACACAGCGGUGACACACACACACACACACACACUCACUCACUCACUCACCGGCGAACCACUCUCCCGGUGUUAACCUUCACUCACUAGCAUCACCCUCUCGAAUGUAGCUCGUAAACCCUGGCGAGCCGAUGCGGUUCCUCGGUGCCACAUCUGGUUGCUAGCGCUAGCUUGUCCUUAGCAGCAUAUCCCUGAUAUCUGGCGAACGUUAAAGUAACUGGGAUCAGGGUAAAGUUUGUAUACCGUCGCUUAACGUGGCUAAUGGGAUGAUUAGCCAGAUGCCUAAACCAGCUGUCGUGUGUGCGAGCCGACUUGGGAUGAAGUCUAAUUGCGGGUAUUUCAGUGCUCUUAAGUUUGCAGCAGCGCAGCGUUCACUCUGGCUAGCUGCCCAGCAUUAGCUGACUCCCAGUCAAGUUAAACACGGACACUCACCCGUCAUUCACCCUAAGGGGACUGGUCACAAGUUGACUGUUUGCACAAGGGAUCGUGAGUGUGUCAUGGUUGUUUUCACUUGAUGCAAACGAGCUUUUAUGGGAGGAACUUGGUAUCAGUUGUGUGUAAUUGUGUCACGUGAAUGUAUGGCUGUGGAGGUGAUCUCCUGUCAGGCACCUAGAGCCUCUUAAUGCUGGAUGGAUUCCUAACCAUGGCCAGGUGGUCUGAGCAAGAAUCGUCCUCCUGUUGACAUUGAGGCUCUUUUACAGUGAGACAAAGCAAAGGCAAGUGCCAGGUUAUUAUCCCUAACUCCCUGUGGUAAUGCUGAGGAUCGUCCCAGCCUGACAAGUGAGCCGAUUAGAGACUGGGUUGGAUUUGCACACACGGGGGAAACGGGAACACCUUGUUGGUGCUGUGAGGGAAACGCAGGCCACUCUGCUCAGGUUGAUCCCUCCUCUUAUGUGGACUGUACUGGUCAGAUCAGAAUAGAUACAGUAUCUCUCGCUUUCCUCCACAGCUCCCAUUCGCCUCGCUUCCUGUCAGGCCUGCUAUUGAAAGGCAAAAUACGUUUGCUCUGCAUGCUCCAUUAAUCUAAAUUUUCUCUAUCUAACAGCUGAAGGAAGACCCUCCCAUGUGAUCUCAACUUGGCGCUCGUGAUCGAGGACAGACGCACGGCUCAUGCUGCCACUGUAGAUAUGCAAUUUCUAUGCUACUGAGACAUUUGUCUCAUUUUAAUUCCUGGAGCUGCUUCGGGGGCAGAGUUGAAGCUUGAUUACAAAAAGCUGCUGCUCUGAGUCAAGUUGGAUCUUUUUUCUCUGCCUGUUUCUUUGCGCUGUCCCAGCAUAGUGGGCAAACUGUAUGGCACUGGAGGCCAACUGAGCCAAGGGGGACCCUGGCUGUACUGGAGGAUUAGUCUGCUGUGGGAGUGGGGACUGGACCAGGAGAGCAGGCCCACAGAGACGCACAUCAUGCUGCAGGGACACUAAGCUCCCUGUUUAAGCCCCCUCUGUGUGGCACUUGUUUUUUUCCUUUUCCUGCAAUCUCAUCGGUUUGGAUGGUUGAGCACAAGGGCUACUUUGAAGGAACCCACCGGUGGCUGUGGUUUGGCCAAAGCUGACAUACUUUUUGCCAGCUAUUGCUGAUUUAGUAUCCUUGUCCACUGCUCCCAAUGCUUUAGCCCCCUUCGCUGUGGUCUCCAGUAUGUUGAGUGGUGUCUGGAGGCAUCGCAGGAGUGGAACUGAACCAUUAAUACCGUUGUAGCUGGUUACUUUCCGUCAUAUUUUUUGCACUGUGAAAGAUUGCUGGAACACAAUUUCAAGGGCUUUUUUCCCCUCUGUGCUGGAACAAAACACCCCAGUCAAGGUUAUUUUUCAAAUUUAAAUCCCGGAAACAAGACAGCUCCAGAGGAGGAUGAAACUGAGGAAACAGGUGACAGUGUGUGGAGGGGCCAUAUUCUGUGUGGCUGUAUUCUCUCUGUAUCUGAUGUUGGAUCGAGUCCAACAUGACCCUGCAAGGCGACAGAAUGCAGGGAAUUUUCCACGGAGCCAAAUCUCAGUUCUCCAGAACCGGAUAGAGCAGCUGGAGCAGCUCCUGGAGGAAAACCACCAAAUCAUCAGCCACAUAAAAGACUCUGUAAUGGAGCUCACAGACACAGGAGCUGUGUCUCCCAGCGGCCACCUGCCAUUCAGAAGUGCCAAUGGUUCCUGGGUACUGCCAUUUGAUGGUCGCCCCACUUUCCUCGCUGUCAAACCCCAGGAUUGCCAGAUUGCUGGAGACAGCGGUGGUCAAGCCGACGUUCAGAUGCUGGAUGUUUACUCAAUCGUGAAGUUUGAUAACCCAGACGGUGGUGUAUGGAAGCAGGGUUUCGACAUAACUUAUGAGCCUGACGAGUGGGACAAUGAGCCUCUUCAAGUCUUUGUGGUCCCUCACUCCCACAAUGAUCCAGGUUGGAUCAAGACUUUUGACAAGUACUUCACAGACCAGACGCAGCACAUUUUAAACAACAUGGUGGUGAAGUUGGCUGAGGAUCCUCGCAGGAAGUUCAUCUGGUCUGAGAUUUCGUUCCUCUCCAAGUGGUGGGAGACUGCAGACACACAAAAACAGGAGGCUGUGCGCAAGCUGAUCCUGGGAGGGCAGCUUGAGAUUGUGACAGGAGGCUGGGUGAUGACGGAUGAAGCCAACGUUCACUACUUUGCCAUGAUAGACCAGCUCAUCGAAGGACAUCAGUGGCUUGAGAGAAAUCUGGGUAUAACCCCACGCAGUGGGUGGGCUGUAGACCCCUUUGGUCACAGUGCUACAAUGCCCUAUCUUCUGAAGAAGGCCAACCUGACCAGCAUGCUCAUUCAGCGAGUCCACUACUCCAUCAAAAAACACUUUGCCUCCACCCGCAGCCUGGAGUUUAUGUGGAGGCAGGCCUGGGACACUGGAUCGGGCACAGACAUGUUUUGCCACAUGAUGCCGUUCUACAGCUACGAUGUGCCUCACACCUGCGGACCAGAUCCCAAGGUCUGCUGCCAGUUUGAUUUCAAGAGGUUACCGGGUGGUCGGAUAAACUGCCCCUGGAAAGUGCCACCAAAACCUGUGGUGGAGGCCAACCUAGCAGAGAGGGCAAAUCUGCUCCUGGAUCAGUAUCGUAAAAAGUCCAAACUCUACCGCAGCAAAGUGCUCCUGGUCCCACUGGGAGAUGACUUCCGCUACGAUAAGGCCUUGGAGUGGGAUCAGCAGUUCACCAACUACCAGAAGCUGUUUGACUACAUGAAUUCUCACCCAGAGCUGCACGUACAGGCUCAGUUUGGGACUCUCUCAGACUAUUUCGAUGCUGUAUACAAAGCACAGGGAGUGGCCCAGGGAUCCAGACCUCCAGACUUCCCGGUGCUAAGUGGAGAUUUCUUUGCCUAUGCAGACCGUGAAGAUCAUUACUGGACUGGCUACUUCACCUCUCGUCCCUUUUACAAGAGCCUGGACCGGGUGAUUGAGUCGCACCUCAGGGGGGCUGAGAUCCUUUACAGUCUGGCAGUUGCGAAUGCUCGACAUGUGGGCAUGGAAGGACGCUACCCAGUUUCAGACUAUGCCCUGCUGGUUGACGCGAGGCAGUCUGUUGCUCUCUUCCAGCAUCACGACGCCAUCACUGGCACCGCGAAGGAAAAUGUUGUCAUUGACUACGGCACCAAAUUACUGCGUUCGCUCAUUGGUCUGAAGAGGGUAAUCACUAAUGCUGCUCAUUUCCUGGUGAUGAAGAACAAAGAGUUUUAUCGCUUUUACCAGACCGAGCCCUUCCUGGAGACGGAUGAUCGGCGUGCUACUCAAGACUCUCUUCCUCAGCGCACUUUAAUCGAGCUGGACCCAGCAGGGCCAAGGUACAUGGUUCUGUUCAACCCUGUCGAGCAGGAGCGGCUGUGUGUGGUGACCGUGUUGGUCAACACGGUCAGGGUGCGGGUGCUUACGGAGGAUGGACAGACGCUCCCCGUGCAGCUGAGCGGUCAGUGGAGCUCUGCCAGUCAAAUGAGUGCAGAGGUAUUUGAGGCAUCGUUCAUGGUUCGCCUGCCGCCGCUGGGUCUGGCCGUUUUCCAUCUUUACGACUCUCCGGACUCGCCCAUGACGCUUCGCUCCGACACGCUGCUCAGGCUGUCUGGACGGGGCGUCAGUGCUCGGGCCGCGGACACGCUUCCUGUUCGCUCUCAGCAGGCUGACCCUCAAACCUUCUACAUCAGCAGUCAGGCUCUCACACUUGGCUUCUCUGGGACCACGGGUCUGCUGGAGAGCAUCAAGCAAAAAGAUGAUCUCCAAGAAGUGAAGGUUCAGAUGCAGUUCAUGGUUUACGGCACUCGCCCCUCCAAAGACAAAAGUGGAGCGUACCUCUUUCUACCUGAUGGAAAAGCCAAGCCCUACCACCAGAAAGAAUCGCCUGUGGUGCGCGUUGUGGAGGGGCCCCUCUUCUCCGAGGUGGUGGCACACUACCAGCAUUUCCAGCAGACCGUUCGCAUCCACAAUGUGCCAGGGGUGGAUGGUUUGUCUGUAGACUUCACCACCACGGUGGACAUCAGAGAUCAGACCAAUAAGGAGCUCGCCAUGCGCCUGGUUACCGACAUCCAGAGUGGAGAUGUCUUCUACACAGACCUCAACGGCUUCCAGAUGCAAUCUCGUCGCCACCAUCUGAAGCUUCCCUUGCAGGCCAACUUUUAUCCCAUGCCCAGCCAGGCGUACAUCCAGGACAGCCACCACCGCCUCACACUGCACACGGCUCAGUCUCUGGGCGUCAGCAGCUUGGAGAGCGGCCAGCUUGAAGUGAUAAUGGACCGGCGCUUAAUGCAGGAUGAUAAUCGUGGACUCGGCCAGGGCCUGAAGGACAACAAGAAGACGGUCAACCACUUCCGACUGCUGCUGGAGAGGAGAUCCAUGGGCAACAAGUAUGAUGGUUUCUUUGCCAGACUCUCAUCCUUGUUUAGUUCUUUCCUCUCCAAAUUUUUGACUGAUGGAUUUCAAGAGAUGAUGGACAGUGCAACGACCAGCUACCCGUCUAUACUCAGUCACAUAACCAACGCUGUCCUGAACCACGAGGUGCUGGCGCUGCCCGUCCUGCCCAAAAGACGCGGCAUCCCUCCUCUGCAGACCUUCUCCCCUCUCAAGUCCCUCCUGCCCUGCGACUUCCACCUGUUGAACCUGCGCAGCAUCCAGAGCCAGCAGGACCCCCACUCUCCGUCUCCAUACGCGGCCUUGAUUCUUCACCGUCUGGCGCUGGACUGUGGCCUUGAGACUCAGAAUCUGGGCUUUAACUGCACCACCACUCAAGGACAGCUGAGUGUAUCAGGACUGUUCAAGAACCUGGACCUGCAGCUCCUCCAGCCCAUGUCCCUGACCCUGAUGCACUCCGGCACGCCUCUGGCCAACGACUCAGCCAUCAGCCUCGACCCCAUGGAGAUCUCCGCCUUCAAGCUCAAACUGCGCUAAGAGUCAUCCACACUAAACGAGGCAAUACGAAGGAAAAAAAAACAAAACCCAGCAGACUCCUUGGACCAAGAACCAGUCCCACGCUGGGGCGGCGGACUGGGGCUGGGGUCUCUCCGUUUUGUCAAGCAGAACAACGAACACUACAGCUCGGAGAGGGAGGGUCCACUGUAACAGGACUGACUGCACAGCAGGGGGCAGGCGACAGCUUGUUACUGUGGACAUCUCUGAGAGCAGCUAAAACCCUGGUGAACCUUCAGCUGCUCUGAUACGAGCAGGACUGAGUCAGUCGUCGGAUACGAGCUGGUAUCUGUUCAUCUCCAUAAUCGAACACGAAAUCUCAUUUAGUUCUGCUUUGUAAGAACCUUUUCUAUCUUCGCUCCUGGACUGAACUACUGAAUGUAAAUAUCCCAAAUGAUAAGUUGGGGGGUGGGUGGGGGGGUGUGAGACUUGUGCCACAUCAGAGUGCAAUUUACAGAGCUUUAUUUGGUGUAUGCAUUUUUUAUUUUAAUUUUCUUUAAUUUUAUGUACGGCAGUGAAGUCACACAUCACAACACUUUGUUCUUUUUGUACUAAUAGAUCUACUGUUGACUGCAGUAGUUUUUUUUAUUUUACCCGACAGACUCGAAUGCAGCAAAGAGAAUGUGUGGUCUCUCCAUCUCAGCGCGCCAGGAGACCCAAGCUACGGCUCUUAAAGCUACCGGAGUCCCACGUCGGGCCCACACGACCACAAUGUGAUCAUGAAUCAUAUCAGACGACUGUUUACCUUCUGUCCACUGGUUGUUUUCUUGUAGAUAGUUCAAAGACCUUACCCCCCUCUUCUUUUCCUGUCCUAUACCUCAUAUAUAUAUAUAUACCACAAUGCAGAUACAUCAGUGUGUGUGCAGAGAAUGUUGAUGUGAAUACUUGAGGUUUUUCUUAAUUUUGUGUGGGGGUUGUGUCGACACUAUCAGGGACCACUCAUAGUUCUGUUGGGCAUCAUGGAUCAAUGUGUGUGUCGAGCGGUUUGUCAGAUCAUCGCAGUAAAAAGGAAGCUUCCUGUUUAGUCAAAGUAAAGGAGAAGUUCACCCAACUUGCAAUAGAAAGUGUGGUUUUCCUGUAGAGACACUUUUGAGUGUUAGGAACUUCAUUUCUCUGGAGCCUGAUGGGAAUCUUUUAACAGAAUAAAGCAAAUUCUUAUUUAAGAAGCGGAAACAGGAAAAGAUUUAGCUUUUUUGCUCUGUAGCAGAUGUCGAUUAUUUAAUUUCUUUUGAUCACAUAAACACUAUCAAUCUUUUUAAAUCCCCAAAUAAUGGAGACGAAUGGAAUAAAGAUGUUGCUCAGUGCAGUUUAAACAAAUUUGAUGCGAACUAGUCUCCAGAAAGGACUAAACUAAUUCUGGGCCUCUUUUGUGUUUCUGCUGAAGCGGUGACCAAAUCAAGUGUUCUCCAAGCAAACCGUAUAUAUGCUAGAAAAAAGAGUUUUGUGUGCUGUCGACAUAAACUAAUGGACCACAAUGCAUUGCACAAAUAAAAUUAUGAGAAGCUUGGCACAGCCGAAUAAUAUGUGACAAGUCUUUAGGGGCAAACCUGGAAUUUUUGGAAAAAGUUGAUUUCGUAUGUGAAUUUGUCAACGUGUCUCCAGUAGAAGGGUGUGUGUGUAUCUCUAACUUUCCCUGCUUCUAUCAUUGUGCACAUGAUUGUUUUAGUAGAGUAACUACACAGAGGUGUAUAGAACAGCUGCUAUGUUUGAGACACUGCGUCAGUCAGACAGAGACGAAGCUGUUGAAUUAUUUUUCAAAUGUGUUUUUUCAUUGUUCAAAUGUCAGAGAUGGAUUUCUCUGCAUGGCUACAUUCCACUAGAAUCAUGUUCUGUGCAAUUUGGGUGAACUGACCCUUUGGAAAUGUGUUAGAUUAAAUGCCACACAGGAGGAAGAAGUUUUCUUUGAAUCAGCUGCAUUUCUUUCUUUUUUUUUUUUUAAAACCUUCAGCUCCACUGUGCUUAUUAUUCUGAGGCUGUUGCAGCUCAGGCAACUUUGACGCAGAAUAGUCUGGACCCUUCUCGUGUGUGUGUGUGUGUGUGUGUGUGUGUGUGUGUGUGUGUGUGUGUGUGUGUGUGUGUGUGUGUGUGUGUGUGUGUGUGUGUGUGUGUGUGUGUGUGUGUGUGUGUGUGUGUGUGUGUGUGUGUGUGUGUGUGUGUGUGUGUGUGUGUGUGUGUGUGUGUGUGUGUGUGUGUGUGUGUGUGUUCGUUCACAGACGAACCUGUGUCACAGUUUGUACUGCACCACUAAUCUUCCCCUGCUGCCUCCGUGUCCCGUCGCCGUAACCGCUCAUCUUCAUUUUCCACAGGAGCUCUGCUGCUCCUCCUCUGGUCCUGAUAUCUGUUCUGCCACAUAGUUCAACACCCCCCCCCCGGUUGCAAGUGACAUCUCAGUCAGAAAACACUUCACUGCAUCAUGAUUUGCACUUUCUCCUGUCGUCCUAUGACCCCAUCCCAUCUCUCCCCUGCUGCCUCAGUAGGCGUCUGACUCUCUGUCUAAAUGUCUUUCUUUUUAUAAUUUUUUUUUUUUUUGGAUAUCUGUUGUAGGGCUGUCAUUUUUUUUGUUUGUUCAGAGGUAAUAUAUGAAGGUGAGGUGUCUGUCUUUGUUUUAUUGAUGAUGGAUUAAAGCUGCAGUAGAACUACAGAGGAGACGGGGAGUGAAUAAAAAAUCCAAAUACAA